AACACCCUGCCUUCAGCACACUCAGGAAAGCAGGAGGAGGAAAAAAAACAUGGAGCAGCAGAAGGAGGAGUGAACGGUAGCUGAUCUAGUGGACGUCUCCCCCCCUGCUGUAGUAGGAUCUAGCCGUAUCCCGCCGUCAUGAUGAACGUUGCCGUGUCGCCCAUGGCCUGUGAGGCUGCCUCUCCCAUGAUCACCUCCGUCACCCCCACCAUGGAGCCCCACUGCAGCCACCACGGAGAGGAAGACGAAGACCCCAGCCCGUCUCACACCACCUCCGCCUCCCUCCACGGGGAGACAAUGCUCAACUCCCAGGUGCCCGACGCUGGGCACAGCAGCAGCAGCAAUAGCAGCCUCAACAUGGGCACCAGUAGCAGUAGCAGGUACCAGAAGCCUCCGCCCCUCCACACGGGGGCGGACUGGAAGGUGGUGCUGCACCUGCCCGAGAUCGAGACCUGGCUGAGGGCCACUACGGAGCGCGUGCGGGACCUCACCCACUUUGUGCACCAGGACUCGCAGAACAAACACGUCGACGUGCACCUGGUGCAGCUGAAGGACAUCUGCGAGGACAUUUCUGAUCACGUGGAGCAGAUCCACGCGCUGCUGGAGACAGAGUUCUCCCUGAAGCUGCUGUCCUACUCGGUGAACAUCAUCGUGGACAUCCGCAGCGUGCAGCUUCUGUGGCAUCAGCUGCGCGUCUCCGUGCUGGUGCUGAAGGAGAGGCUGCUGCAGGGCCUGCAGGACUCCAACGGCAACUACACCCGCCAGACAGACAUCCUCCAGGCCUUCAGCCACGACCACGACGAGACCCGUCUAGACGCCCUGACCGAGGUGGACGACUCCGGUCAGCUGACCAUCAAGUGCAGCCGGGACUACUUCUCCCUGGACUGCGGCAUCACUGCCUACGAGCUGAGCGACUACAGCCCCAGUGACGACCCCGAGGGCCAGGGACAGGGACAGGGACACGGCCGGGGCUCCGAGCCCCGCAGCUUGUACCCCGAGCUGGAGCGCGACCUCCCGGAGCUCCUGCAGAGUGUUGACCUUCUGACUAUCGCUGCCAAACAGCUGUCGUCUUCCAAACAGAACCUGGGUGGUGGGGAGACUACCAACGGUACUACCACAGCAGGAGAGCAGCCCAGCACCUCCACAGAAGGCCUGAGAUCUCCACCCAGAACGCUGUCUGAUUCUGGUGGAGACUCUGCGUCUUCACCACCGCCGCCAUCUACCGUCAACAUUAUGCAGGGAGGGACCCCACAGGGGGAGAGUGCCCUGUCGAAGCGCCCCCUGCAGGGCAGUUACAGCAACAAGGUGUCCCCCACCCAGCCGUCCCUGCCCAAGAGAGCCAUGUUCCUGGAGGGAGGCGAUGACAAUGACCCCAAGGUGCAGAGGUCAGCUCUGCUCCACAACACGCUGCAGUUCCAGGCCGACAUUAGUCGGAGCACCCCGUCUUUAUUGGAUCCGCCCGAUCGCUCCAAGUUCUGGCUGGACCUCGACUCGGUGUACCCCAGCAAUGCCAGGCACUCCUACGAAAGCCUUGAUGCCAUGAACCGGAGGAACCUCCAGGCGAGCAGGGACCGCGCUUACCAGAGGCCCCCCAUCCCAGGGGCGGCCCACAUACCCCUGCAGAGGAGCACAUCGGAGGCUGGCCAAGGUGCCGAGCCGAAAUCGGAUCCCAUUCCUCAAACCUCUGCCGUCUACAAGGACAGAGCACCACUGACUGGCCAGGGUGGCACUACGCACACAGACUCUGAAAGCCCCUUGCCCACCUCGCCAGAGCUCAACCCCAGCGACUUUGACCGCUGUGAGGAGGACCUCUCCUUGUCCUCCAGCCCCGAGGUGCCCCCUGCAAGCAGCAGGAAGACCUCCCUUAUCGCCCCCAAGGUCUCUCAGGCGGACCCCAGCCCCACCAGCAACCGCAACGAGGACCACUGGUACGGCUCGGACGAGUUCCUGGCGCUGCCGGCGCAGCUGAAGAAGACAGAGAUGCUGACCAUGAAUCUGGAGAGCCUGGCCAAGGCGCUGCCCCCGCGGCACAGCCAGGAGGAGACACACAUCCAGGACGUGGACGACUGGGACCUGACCGAGGCGGUCAACCAGGACUGGGAGGGCGCCAGCAGCAGCGGCGGCAGCAGCAGUGGUGGUGGCAUCUGCGGCAGCUGCUCUCCUCAGCCUUCCCUGCUGUCCGCCCUGUGCUACAAGAAGCCCUACCUGGGCCGCCUGUCCCCAACCUCGUCCAGCGACAUCGCGCCAAGCUCCAUGGACGAGAGCAUCGAGUCGGGGCCGCUCAGCGACCUGCUGUCGGAGGACGAGGUGGGCUGGGGAGCCCCCAUGGAGAAGAGUAGCAGCACCAGGAGGAGGAAGAGCGGGGUCAGGGGGAGGUUCGCCACCCCGUCCCCGGCGCCCAGCCUGGAGGCCCAGUGCAAGCCAGUCAUCCAACACCUGCUGGAGGACAUUCAACACCAGGACAACUACCAGGAGAUCUGGGGCAAGAUAGAGGGUUUUGUCAGUCAGCUGGACGAGUUCAUCUGCUGGCUGACUGAGGCGCUGGAGACCACUGAGAACUGGACCCCGCCCAAGGCGGAGAUGGACAGCCUCAAGCUCUACCUCGAGACACACCUGAGUUUCAAGAUGAGCGUGGACAGCCAUGCAGGCCUGAAGGAGCGCGUGCUGGAGGAGGGACGACAGCUGCUGGAGGCCAUCAGCUCACACAAAUCAGGGCUGCGGGACAUUCUGCAGAUGAUUGUGCAGCAGUGGCAGGAGCUGCAGCGGCAGGUGAGGCGUCAGCACGGCUGGAUGCUCAGGGCCCUGGAGCUCAUCAGGACGCAGGUCAUCGCCCGACAGGCCGCCCUUGGACCACAGGAGGAGAUUCAGGAGAGCCAAGCGGAGGCUCAGAAGGAUGUCCUGGAUCAGAUGACCCUGAAGCUUAAGAGCCAGCAGUUCUGCUCCUCUGCCAAGGGUUCUCGAGAGCUCGCCCAGAUGUCCAAGAACAACAGCAGUCUCCAGGACUUUGAGUCGGACUACCAGGAGCUGUGGGAUUGGCUGAUGGACAUGGAGUCCAUCGUGACGGACAGCCACGAUCUGAUGAUGUCAGAGGAGCAGCAGCAGCAUCUCUAUAAGGGUAACAGUGUGGAGAUGUCCAUGUGGCUUCCUAAGAAGAGGCACCUGCUGGGCUGGGCGGAGUCACUCCAGAGGAGCGGCACGACUCUGCCUCCAGACUUCCAGCAGCGCCUCACCCUCCUCAAGAGCAAAUGGGACCAGCUGGAGCGGACACUGGCAGAGCACUUAGGGACCAACAGCGGUGGCGGUGUUGGUGGCGGCGGUAGUGGCGGCGUGGGUAGUGGUCGGUCCAGCUCGGACCCCCGCGCCCUCCUCUCCCCGGGCACCCAGGGCAUGCUGGGACAGCUGGAGGGGAAGAUCAAGGAGCUGAAGCGCUGGCUGCGAGACACUGAGCUCUUCAUCUUCAACCUGUGUCUUCGGCAGGACGAUACACAGGCCAAACAGCUGCAGCAGUUUAAGUCUCUGUGUAUGGAGGUGCGUGGUCGUCGGCGCGGCAUGGCGUCAGUGCUGCGUCUGUGCCAGCGUCUCCUGGAGGAGCCGGAGCAGGGAGGCCACCAGGGGGUCUCUGCUCUCACCUCCUCCUCCACCUCCACCUCCACCUCCUCCUGCGCCUCCUCGUCAGCAGUGAUGGACCCGGAGGCGGAGCGGGACAGCCUGCAGCUGCUGGCUGUCAAUCUGGAGCGCCGCUGGGAGGCCAUCGUCAUGCAGGGCCUGCAGUGGCAGACGCGCCUGCAGAGGGAACUGGGCCACGAGCAGGUCCCGGGCACCCUUCUGGAACCUUCCCUGAUGGACCUGCGUGGCCCCGCGGAGGACUCCUGGGAGUGGGACGAGAUGGACAUGACCAUUGUCAACAUGGAGUCACAGGAGAUGGAGGAGGACGUAGCGCAGGACUGCAUGGCUAAGCAAAAGCCCGCAUGUGAAUUAGCCGCCGCCGCCGCGUUGGCCUCCCUGGGGGAAAUGCUACACGGCUCUGAACCGCGGCCAGGUGUCACACGACGCCGCGCGACCUUGGCUGGCCCAGAGACCGCCAGUCUCGUGUCGUCGUCACCCUCCACCUCCUCCUCGCUGCCUCCUCGCCCGUGCAGCGUGUAUCAGGUGUACAGCAUGCAUAACGUGGAGCUCUAUCAGCAGCCUCCGUUCCAAUCCAGCCACAACACCAUGACGAGCCCAGCCAAGGCACGGGGGAAGCAGGCACAGAAGAGGCUGAGCAAGGACUCGUCCUUCUCCUCCGUGGAGUCCCUGCCUGAUAUCCUGGGGGGGCUGCUGGGGAUGAAGAAGGCCCUGGAGAGGGAGUCGUCUGCGCGCCGCUCGGGCAGCGAGAGUGGCAUCCUCAGCGAGGGCGACACAGAGACCUCCGACAUCUGCCUGCAUUACCAAGGCAGCGGCAACGAGAGCCGGGUGAGCAUCACCCUCUCCCCGGCGCCCGACAGAGAGCGUGGUGACGGAGCCGGCUCCCCGGAGCUGGACAGAGUGUGCGACGAGGACAUCGACCGAAUCCUGGAGAGAGCAAAGAAGUGUGCAGAGUUUGAAUGUGAAGAAGCGAUGAUGCUGGGGAAGGAACAGAGGGCACGGCUGUCGAGGAAAAAGAGGGAUGAAAACUUAGGAGGAGGAGGAGGAGGAGGAGUGGAGGGCAGGCGGAAGCACAAGAGGGAGCCCGUGGAGAUCCUCCUAAACGGCCGCGACUUUGCCCUUGACGUCGACGGCGAGAGGCACAGCCACAGCGACUCGGGGACCUGCGAUAACGACGGCGUGUCCUCGGACGGCAGGCCCCCCCGCAGGGAGCUGGCCCACCUCCUCUCGCAGGGCUCCUCUCUGGAGUCCCUCUGCAACACCGGGGAGCUGUUCCCCUCCAGCAAGGACGGCCUGCAUCGCAGCACCUCCCUGGAGAGCUGGCUGGCCCCCUGCAAGACCCCAGAGGAUGGCGGCAGCAGGGGCAGCCUGCGGGACCUCAGCCUGGGUGGUGGUGGUGGUGGUGAUGGCGGCGCAGGGCACGGGGGAGAGCCCAACUCGGCGGCAUCGGCUGCAGCUGCUGGGGAACUCAGCAGGAGGACCCUGGAGCUCCUGAAGCGUCUGGAGAACAUCCAGAGCCCCAUGGCCCAGAAGAUGACCCGCAGCGUCUCGGACAUCACGCUGCAGAGCAGCUCCCUCAGGCUGGCGGGCCGCGGCAGUGGCCCCCGCUCCUCGGGACCCGCCUCGUCCUCCAUCAACGAGAGCUCGGCCGCCUCCAUGACAGAGCUGAGCGGCACGGAGGACUCGUCCGUGGCCUCCGAGGACAUCGCGGUGCAGAGGAACCGGCUGGCUCCUCCAAACUGCAACGCGUCCUUUCGCAAGCACUGCCACCGCAACCGGCACCAGGGGCUGGGUGGCGUCGCCGCCGCGCUGGCGGGCGAAGACGUGGACGCCAACAUCAGCAUGGUGGUGAACGUCUCCUGCACGUCAGCCUGCACAGACGAUGACGAGGACGACAGCGACCUCCUCUCCAGCUCCACGCUGACGCUGACUGAGGAAGAACUGGGCAUCAAGGAUGACGAGGACUCCAGCGUCACCUCCGAGGAAGAGGAUUACAACGAGGGGGCCUUCACGCUCGGCGGACUGGACUUCCAGAACUGGGCCAAGCCCGGGCGAUCGCAGGCCCGCGGAGGUGGAGGUGGAGGUGGCGGCGGCGGCGGUGGCGGAGACAGAAACGAAGCCGACCUGGAGGACGAGCUGCAAUGUGGGACGGCGCCGCGGGACGCACAGUCACCCCUCAGGGGAAACGGCGGACACAGAGGCGGCAACCACGAGAGGCACUUCCUGAGCCGCUCGGCGCUCAAGCUGCUGGAGUCGCACGUCAACGCCAAGAACGAGGGGCUGCGGCGGCAGGACGUGGUGGAGAGCAACCGCAAGGCGGCUACGCGCAACUACAUCAGCCAGUUCGUGGACGACAUGGAGAACGGAAACGUGGACAACGCGCACCUGAAGCCCAAAGACGAGGACGACGAGCUGCUCAGAGAGGAGGGAAGCCUCUUCACCAAGAAGGGAGAGUCCUUCAAAGACUGCUUCAACCCAUCUGGGGGCGUUGGCCAAUCACGGGGCAUGGUGACGGCCGUUAGCCCCUCCUCCUGCGAGCAGCUGUCCAUUCAGACCAAAGAGUCGUCACUCGAGAGCCAGUUAAAGGGAGAGAUCCCCUGUCACAGUUCCCGUCACCACUCCCCCACCGCUUCGCCCAUGGAGGACUGUACCGUCUCGCCACAGGGCAUGCUGGGUAUGCUGCAUGGAAACAGCUGUCUCCAACAGCAGCAGCAGCAGCAACAGCAACAACAGCACUUUUGCUACCUGAACGACAUUCGCGACAUGCAGAGAGAUGACAUUCCCUCCCCUGACCCUCCCUGCUGCGUGCACUCUACCUUCCCCUGUGACGCCGACAACGAGAAAGACGAGAACGUGCACAACUUUGUCAUGGAGAUCAUCGACAUGACGUCGGUGGUGCUGAAGAAUAAAGAUGACGGGGUGGCGGGGGAGCAGGAGAGGUCGUGUAGCCCCAGUGGGCCAUCGUCACCCUCCACGCUGGCCUCGCAGAUACGGGACAAAGUGCUGGAGCACUCGCACCGCGGCCUGAACCUGCGAAAGGGCGACUUCUACUCCUACCUGUCGCUCUCGUCCCACGACAGCGACUGUGGCGAGGUGAGCUCGUGUCCUGACGGCGGCGAGGACGCCAGGAGCGGCGGGACGCCGGUGCUCUCCCGCACGCCCGACAUCCUGCGCGACCAGGAGCUGCUGUUCGAGGCCUGCACCGAGGAGGUCUACCUGGGCCCGCCGCUCUGCUACAGCAUGUCCGUCACCAAGCGACCGCGCCGACGCGACUUUAUCCCCAGGGCCGGCGACGAUGACAACCACCUGCCGGUCCCCGUCCCCCAUCACCCCCACCACCACCACCCCCACCACCUCCAGGCUGAUCUCUUCCACUCACCGUCACCGUCGCCGUCACCUCCUACUCUCCCUUCCGGCCCUGGCCGCCGUGAAUACCAAAAAGCACACAGUGCUUCUCCAGGAAGUGCAGGAGCCGAGCCGCGGAGCCGGCCCCAGGACUGUAAUGAGGGCCCUUAUCUUAAUCCCUUACCAUGUGAAACCCUGAUAGACACUGUUGAAUGUUUUGCAGAUACUAAAACGCUUGAAUCCAAUAUUUCCCCUGUAAUGACUAAGAUAAGGGUCUCUUGCUCCAGUACAAAUCCUUUAAAAGAGGGGGAAGACGGCGGCGGCCUGGGUAUUAAUCCUAAAAUUAACUGUCCCGCGAUAAGGAGGGCCGAUAGAAAAGAGGAGCAGAGAGGCCCCGCUUCCGCUCCCUCCCCAUCUCCUUCUCCUUCUCCUCCUGCGCACCGGAUGAAACAGAGGAAUGUCAGGAAAGGGCGCGGCUCUCUUCUGGAAGCGAAGGCCGGAUACAAACAGUCUCCAAGGUCAGAGGUGGGUGUCGGGGGCGUGGGGGUGUGUAGGGCAGCCGUGGGCAGUGCUGCUCGAGCCUCUGACAGCUCAUCUGGGCCACGUACUGGGAUCCCUCGGCCCCAGAGGCUGUCUGGCAGUCUGGUGGCCCCCGUGGCUAAGCCCUGAUGCUCGCGAGUGAAACUUCCCGACUACCGCCAACAGAUGGAUGGUGUGGUGUGGUUUGGCCUGUUUCUCUGGUUUUCAUUUUGACUUUAUCGUACCAACCGAGAUCUCCGUCCUGGCGUGCCGCUCGCCAAGCCACGACCUCCUGCAGCCUCACACACACACACACACACACACACACACACACACACACACACACACACACACACACACACACACACACACACACACACACACACACACACACACACACACACACACACACACACAGCUCUCUCUUUCUCUUAUCAUGGCUACACAUAAGCAGUUACACUCUACACACACAAACAUGUACACAAACAGGCUUGCACAAAGUAGUCACACACACACACACACACACACACACACACACACACACACACACACACACACACACACACACACACACAAGAGUGAUGAACACGUGCUUGUGCCCUUACACUCACGGUGACAUACACAUGCACAGUGCACACACACACACAUACACAUGCACGCACACACACACGCACACAGGUAUGCCCCUUCAGAUUAUUAGCCAUUUCCACAGCUGAUCUUUGAGCUCAGCGUGACCUUUAACCCUUCGCAGCCCUCCACAGCUCUCUUUCUCCCCAUCCAUCCACCUCCUGAGCUACCUCACAGGUCUACCACUGUGCUCACCUCACCUCACCUCACCUCACCUCACCUCACCUCACCUCACAACCCCCCGCUACCCUCCCUCUGGAGUCCUUCACACACACACACACACACACACACACACACACACACACACACACACACACACACACACACACACACACACAUGCACACACACACUUAUAUACUCACAGGCACACACAUACAGAAUCACAGACACCUGUGCACACAGAAGUACCCACACGUGCAAACACAGACCAUGUCAGGUACAGACACACACAAGGACACAAAAUAUAUACUGUACACUAUGAUGUGUACCAUCUAUCGAAAUCUUCCUAUUUCACUCGCAACCAACAUGAUUUUCACUCGCAAACCAACAUGUGUCGGGGUGGUCAUUAACAUACAAAAACGCACCCAUGCACACGUGUUCCAAAAGAACACAUAGCAAGCAAAUAAUAAUGUGUGUUUCCAUAAGUGUGACAUCACCUGCUAUAGGCAGCCUCACACGUGUAUUUGCCAGUGCGCAUGGCACUUAUCUCUGCCUCAGCUUCCAUCAUAGGUACACACACAGCUGCAGAUGUCACAGCCCAGGGCACAGCUACCGCUAUAGAGCAAGCUGCCCCUCUCUCUGUUUAUCUCGCUUUCUCUUUUUUAGAGUCUGUCUAUUUUGUCAUUGUGUUGGUCUCAUUCUGUUCUCUUUCUGUUUUCUAUCUAUCUAUCUAUCUGUCUAUCUAUCUAUCUAUCUAUCUAUCUAUCUAUCUAUCUAUCUAUCUAUCUAUCUAUCUAUCUAUGGUUUGCUAAAUCAGGUACACUUCUUGAUCUUGAGCGCUAUGAACCAAGAGGUUCUCAUUGGGGUCUUGUGUCUCUCUGUGUCUCGUCUUCUCUGUAGCAAGUUGCAAGGCAAGUAGGGGAAGGGUUAGGGGUGUGGUGUGGGUAUAGUUCAAGUAUGUGUCCACUACGUGCAGCAGGUCUCUCCACCUCCCUCUCGGCACGGACGGAGCCCAGACACACACUGGAGAGAUGGUGGCUCACACCACACACAUGCAGCAACCCAAGUAUGUGUAUCUAUGCAACCUGGGCCGCUUGUGUCCGAAAUCACUGCAUAUAAUGGUGCGAUAUGGUGGUGAUGAUGAUGAGGAUGGCGAUUAGGAUGAUGAUGGUGAUGAUGAUGAUAAGGAUGAUGUAAAGAUGAGGAUGAUGAUGAUGAUGAUGAUGAUGAUGAUGACGAUGAUGACGAUGAUGAUGAUGAUGAUGAUGAUGAUGAUGAUGACGAUGAUGUACCAAGAAUCACUAUGGGCUCAUGACUGUCUGCAACAUUCAGUUGACCACUUUUCUUUAUUUUUACUUUUCUUAUUCUUUAUUUUGUUUUCCUAUGAUCUGGAGGAUGAAAAGAGAAAAGAUAACAAAGAAAAUGUUUUAAAAAUUCAAAAAAGUGUGCCUUGCUGUAAUUUUCUUAGACCUUUUGUUAAAAACACAGCUUUUUCCUGGCAGUGUGUUCAGUUGCUUGGAGAGAAAGAGAUCCGGUUUUGGAUGGGCAAAGGUUGGGCUUUUGUGAAUGGGCAUCUGUAUAUAUGUAUACGUUUGAAACUUGAUGUAAAAUGUCAGUAUAAAAUGCCUCAUGUUAGUGUCCAAAAACUGUAUGUGUUUAGUGAUGUGGAAAAAAUAUAAGCCUUAAAGUGCUAGACUGCAUGUUUAACAUACAUAUGGAAAAUGUUGAAAUAAACUUAAUUUAUU